UAGUGAAGAUGACUCACUAAGGUCAGAUAUAGAAGACUUUGAAAAUUUAUGAUGACUUUUACGCAAAUUAUGAUAUUAUCCAUAUAAAGCCGAGCAACUGGAAAAUUCUACUUCACACAUUUUCUUUCUUGAUUCAAUACAAUAAUAAUAGUUGUUGGGGCUUUAUCUCAUACUAAAAUCGCAACAAUUCAUUUUCUAAACAAUGAAGAAGCUCAAUUACCAUAAUCCAUACCUCAUACUUUACCUCAUUUCUUUCUGCUUUUGCUUUGUUGUUUCAGAUUCUUUGGUCAGCUUUAGAUGUCUCUCUGAUCAAAGCGCUGCUUUGAUGCAGCUGAAACAAGAGUUUGAAAUUAUCGAGCCUUACUAUAGUGAUGCUUCCCAGUCAAAGAGCGGGGUAACGGCUACUUGGAAUGGUAGUACAGACUGCUGCUUGUGGAGUGGAGUCAAUUGCAAUAUGUCAACUGGUCAUGUACUAAGCCUUGAUCUAAGCAACAGUGGGCUUCGAGGGACUUUCAGCGCUAAUAGCAGCCUCUUCAGCUUGUACCAACUUCAACAACUCAACAUGGCCUUCAACGACUUCUUUUCCUCCCCAAUUCCAUCAAGCUUUGGCCAACUCUCAAGUGGAAAGAUACCAUCAAAAUUCUUCAGGAAUUGGGGUACCGUGAACGAGGAACCUAUUACACUCUUGCGUCGCGCCGAUGCAAUAAAGGGUGGUUAUUAUCAAUACUCAUUGAGUGAUGUCAUGUAUUUGAGUACGGAUACAUCGCCAUCAGAUUAUCUAUCGUUAAUGAUGGUCAUUGAUCUCUCAAACAACAAUUUUCAGGGAGAAAUUCCAAGCAGUGUGGACGGAUUUUCAUCUCUAGCAGUUCUCAACUUGUCAACUAAUGGUUUCACUGGAAGCAUCCCUGCAUUUCUUGGGCGUUUAGAUAAGCUUGAAGCAAUAGAUAUCUCUAGAAACAAGCUCUCUGGUAGAAUCCCACUACAAUUGGCAGAUCUCUCAUUUCUUUCAUAUCUAGAUCUCUCCCAUAACCAACUUACAGGAAAAAUUCCUCAAGGCAGCCAGCUCAGUUCAUUUUCAAAUUAUUCUUACGAGGGGAACUUAGGAUUAUGUGGCGUUCCAUCGUCGAAAGAAUGCGAGAGGGUUGAGACACCACCUUCUGACGAUAGCAAUAGAUCAGAAUCUAAAGAUGGCUACGAGUGGAAGUCGAUAUUGGUGGGAUACGGAUUUGGAGUUGUAUUCGGACUCAUCAGCGGACACAUCAUUAUCUCGACAAAGCUCCAGGGCAUUGUACAAACUUCGGCUAUCUACAUCCGCAGCCGCUUACAUAUGAAGAACAAGUAAUUAAUAUGGUCAAACUACUUGAAGAGUUGUAGACUCACCAUCUCUCAUGUCAUGUCCAAAGCGAAGGCGAGCUCACCAGCGAAGGAGUUUUCAUCAAUGUCUCUGAAUAUGUAAAGCUUUUUAUUACCCAGUUCCAAAACAUAAUAAAUCUUAUAAUUUCAUUGAGUUGUUAUAAUGUACUUCUAUAGUUUGGUUAUCUAUAAUUCUAUAAAGUGUUGACUUCCUCCAGGUUUACUACCCAUAUUAUGAAUUUAAGACAAGGCUUUAGUUAUUAA